CGCGCAUAGUCACCAUUCGGUUUUAUGCGCCUCUGUUUAAAAAUAUAGACAGAGAAUCAAUUGCUUAACUUUUUUUUAAUUUGUCAAGCUAUUACUGCUUCUUUGAUUUUCACAGUGUGUCUCGUAUGACGAAAACAAAAGUCGAGGCAAUUUUAGCAGAAGCGUUCAAGAUGAACCCAAGCAAACCUAUAGACGCGCAUUCAAAACCAAAGCGGGACCCGAGCAGCAGCCGAAAGGAAAUGAAACGCUAUGAGAAAGCCAGGCGAUUGGCUCCAGGCUCAGUGAAGAGUCGAAACAAACUCAGGACAGUUUCAGAGGCUUCCAGCGCAGGUGAUGGUUUGAGUAAAGACUCCCAGGGAAAGUCGGAUAGCAGCUCAGAGACGUCCGAUUGCACUUCCGAGGAAAACAGAGCAGACAAACAGACCAACAACUGUGAAAUAGACAACGUAGGUGCAGAUGCAGAGAGAACAGAGUGUUGGGGAGGGAAAGUAGCCGAUAUGAUCGAAUGUGACUUUCCUAAAGGCACCCUGACACCAGCACAUGGUGUAAAAGUGAGAAACAGAGACUACUUCACCUCUGUGUACUGUUUAGAGCUCAGAGGGGACAGAACGCAUGAUGACCUGCUGAGGGAGAUCGACGACUUACGAUCAGAAAAUGAUUAUUUAAAGGACGAGUUGGACGAGCUACGCUCGGAGAUGCUGGAGAUGAGGGACCUCUAUAUGGAGGAGGAUAUGUACCAGCUACAUGAGUUCAAACAGCAGCUGGAACAGGCCAACAAGACGUGUCGCAUCUUGCAGUAUCGCCUUCGCAAGGCCGAGAGACGUAGCCUGCGUGUUGCCCAGACCGGCCAGGUGGACAGCGAGCUUAUCCGCACUCUGGAGCAUGAUGUCCAGGUAGCAAAAAGUGUGUCCCUGCGCUUGCACACUGAGCUUGAGGCAGUGCAAAAGAAAAACUUGCAGCUGGAGUGGGAAAACGAAGAGCUGCGGGAGCAGGUCCAGAAUCUGGAGGUGGCAAAGCAGGUCCUGCAGGCAGAAAUGAACAAAUCUAGAGAGAUGUUAUCACAAAAUUCUCUAAAGAGGAGAAGUUUGAGAUCUACUGGGAGCAAGUGUGAUAAGAAGAUUUCUCCACAGGAUGACAGUGCUGAUUUGAAAUGCCAGCUCCAUUUUGCCAAAGAGGAAUCAGCACUUAUGUGCAAGAAGCUCACUAAGAUGGCUGCAGAAUGUGAGGUCAUGCGAGAAGAAUUAUGCAAGUACAGGCUGCUUUAUGGUGAUGUUGAUGUAUCUCAGGCUGUAGAAGGGACCAUUAACUCUGCCCACACACGUGAAGCAGAGGUCAAAGUUCAUCUUCGUCUGGUGGAAGAAGAAGCUACGCUGCUGAGCCGACGGAUUGUAGAACUGGAGGUGGAGAACCGAGGGCUGAGGGCAGAGAUGAAUGAAAUGCGAGAAAGAGCUGGAUGGGGCCAGGAAGAGGAAGAAGAGGUUAUAGAAGGCAGAGAGAAAUGUCUAGCUUUGUCUCUAGGGAAAGAGGCCAAUAGUUUUACACAUAAAAGGAUUCCAGAGGCUGAAGACAAUGUACAGUCAAUGGGUGUAGCAGAAGUAGAGAACUGUCUAUUAAGUCACAUCUUAAGGGAGGAGCCAGUGGACGUUGAAACAAACCAUCCUCAAGAUCAAAUUGAAAGCGCUGAGAAUGCAGAAAAAGAGCAGAGUUGUACUGCUAGCAGGAAGGACCUAGAAGCCCUGUUUGCAGUCCGUGACCAGGCUAUGUUAGUUAGAUCAAUUAUCCAGUUCCUAAUCCAACCAGCAAAAAAUGGUGUCUUACCAAUGUCUAACCAAAAAUCUAGCCACCCCAUCCUCAGCAAAAUUGAGGUUGAUUCUCAUUGCCUGAAUAAUCCAUGGGUUUUGGAUCCCAUGAUGAAUCCCCUGACCAGUGAACUGGAGGUGCUACUGGAGGUGCUACAGACCUUUGUUUCGAAGAUAGAUGUUCUGAAAAAUUCUGUGCCUGGAGAAACUGGUCAAUAUACAAAUCCAGAAAAGGUGCUGGAAACAGUUCAACAAGCAUCACAGCCAGGUCAUGCUGAGAAAAAGCUCUGCUAUUCCAGCAGCAAUGAGAAGCAGACCAGUAACCAGCCUAGUCUUGAGCUUCUCACAGUACAACUCCGCUGGUUCCUCCAGAAAUGGCGCCAAGGGGAGAGACCAUCUAAAGAAGACAAGAACCUGUUUAAGAUGGACUUUCAGAAGGAUCUUUAUCCUCAAAUCAAAGCUGAAUUAUUGGGAUCAAAGAAAACUUGCAACACAUCUGAAGAAGCAAAACCUCCUGAAAAGUGCCACAAGCAGGUGAGCAGUGCACUUCUCUCAGAUCUGAAGGCAGCAUUGCAGGACCUAUGUUGUGAGCUGCAGGAGGAAUACCGCACUGGCCAGCACAUUGCACAACAGUUUGCAGAAGCUAAAGAAGCGUGGACAGUCGAGUGUACACAGCUCAGGAGCCUUCUGGAGGAUACAACUGACACAAAGGAUUCCCCAGAACCAAAGAUGGAACUGCAGAAGGAUUAUUUUGAAGAACUGCAGAACCUUUUAGACGAGUCCCACGCUGCAGUUAUUGAUGUGACUAGACAACUGAAAAUAUGUGAGCGCAACUGGAACUGCAAACCUCGGGAUCUCCUAACAUACCUAAGUGAAGCUCAUCUGGACUGGGGCAAGCAAAACACGGACACUGAGUCUCAUGUAAUCAAGAGUACCAAGAAAAAUUGGAUAUACCUCAGCCAAGAUGCAGCUUUGGUAGACAGAGAAGAUCCAUGGAAGACCUGGGACUAUCCCAUCAUGCCUCCCAGUUUCUCCGGUCUGAAUCUAAAGCAGACAACAGCAAAAAAGAGCCACACUGCCCCAGAGAAAACAGACAUCCGUAUAUACUAUAGUCCCCCAUCAACUCGCAGGAUUCUUCUAAGUGCUGUGCCAUUCAAAGAUGAAGAUAUAUGUGAAAUGAAACAGGAGAAUAAGGCACCACACUGCCACCACUCUAAACGUAUAAAUGAAAUGAAUGUCUGUGAUACCUGGCAGGGUAGCUUACCUAUUCAGUGCCAGACCACAAUAGACCAGAGUCCAUUUGCUGUUAUUAGAUCGAAUUCAUCUUCUGAUUUCCAGUCUCCUGGUGUUUCAUCUUCACCCUGCUUACCCUUCAGUGGAUGGGAAGUCUCAGAAAAUCUGAGUGAUGACAUGAAAGAAAUGACAGCUAGUGCGCUUGAACAGAGAAGAAAGAGUAUCUCAGGUAGCCUCACUGUUGGAGUAAACAGUAUAGGAACCCAGACUCAUACUCAGUCACAAGUGAAUAGUGUUGGACUUCAGACUGAUAUCUAUCUAAGUGUGUCGGCAAGCAGACCCCGGUCACCCAGGGUCACAUCAUUUGUGUCUGCCCACUCACACAAUAUUUCAUCUUCUCCAGAGAGGAUGCCUGGGCCAUUCGAAAAGUCUCUAUCUUGCUCAACUUCACCUAAACAACAACGAAGACACUCAUCCCCUUUUUCCUCCAGCUCUUCUUCCUCCAACACCACAAAUUCCUCUUAUUCUUUUAAGUCAGCUUCCUUGUCCUCAUCAUCAUCUCUGACCAGUUCCUCGAGGUUGGAGCCCCCUAAAGAACAUAGAAUAUGGGGCCUUCCUCAUUGCAGUUCUAGCAACAAGAAACCCAAUUCAACAUUUAGGGGUAACAGUGAGAAGCCUGCUGGCCGUAGGACUGCAGGGAUCCACAAGUAUGGUCUGGUUCAAGAAUUUUUCCGCAAUGUGUGUGGUCGUGGAGAGAAACCAAAUCCACCAAAUCAAGGAGGGGAAAAAGUACAGGAUAUACGCAGGGAUCAUGCAAAUUCAGCAAGAUUAAAGAAAACUGAAGCUCCUCCUUCUCGGAUUCCCACAGUUCCACUGGGCAGGAAUGACAGUGUCACUAGAAUUGUUAAUCAUAGAUUUAUGAAACAGGGUAGAAAGGAUGUGCCACAAACAACCCAGACACAAACACAGGGUCAGUGUCCAAACCAGACCAAGACACCGAUGAGUAAGCACAAGGGUUUUGGACCUGCUGCUUUGGAGGAUGCCCCCUGUGGAUGUAGCUCUCGAUCUCUAGCUUCCUGCUUCGCUCGAGUGUCUCGUACCAACCUUCGUCACACCCACAACCACUGUAAGCUCCGGCCCACAACAGCUGGUGGGAAAGGGAAUCUGGGGUGGCAUCACCAUGCACACUGAUACCAAUAAACAGCUGAAAGGAUACUGAAGAAGUGGACCAGCUAACAUUUAAAUGUGUCAAUUGGAUGUUUUCAGACCAUAUACAAUUAUUCUGAAGACUUAUAUUAAUACUAACCAGAUUACUGCUGGUGUAUCAACAGCUUUUAAUGCAGUAUAUAUACAGGUUUGUUUUCUUUUUUCUAUGUA